UGGCGAAGGGCAUGGUUGAGUCCUUGAAAGAUGAUAGAAGCUGUUUGUAAUAAUUCGAGGUCGCAUCGUCCGUUCGGCUUACCGCAACUGAAAAAGCGAAAAAUCGAGCCUCCCAACAUGACGACCGUCGCGAAAAGCUUCACGAAAACCCUAGAAACUCUAGAAGACAAACGCCGAAAAAAAUGCGAGGAUCCAAAAUCCCUCCUCCUACCGCAAAAGAAACGAGUACUACCAUCGGUCUCUAGCACUUCCAGUCCUGUCAAGAAAAGUCCCAAGAUGAGCGAAGAGGGGGCACCUGAAGAAACUCUGAUACGCGAAACCGAGGCCGCUUUGAAAAACCUCUCAGGGAGUUGGGUAGGGUCAAGAAACAGCUACAGCGCCGCCCAAGAAGUAGCUACGCCGUUUGAGAACCUCUUUGACGAAAAGAAAGCCAUUAUCAAAAUGUCCCCCAGCUCAGCUUCAAACAGCAGCAGCGACAACGCCUCCUCGGUCAAAGACGUCAUCACUUUGAGGGACCAACACGAAGAGAGCUCAGAAGACAACUCGAGAAAAAGCAGCCCUAAAUCCAGAACCGGCAAAGUCCACUACCAAAGCCCGGACUUCAACGAGCUAGUAGACGACUCCUCCAACGAACUGGAGAUCGACAUGUCUGAAGCAGCAGCAGAAAAGAACGAAAAGCAUGACAGAAGGGACUCGAAGGCAAAGUUCCAUUCCUUUCACAGUUCCCCAUUUUCCACCGCCUCUGCAUUCCGGCCUCCUCAAUCGAAGAACCCCCCGUUGGGGCCCUUUCCCGCUGAGGCCACCUUCGUGGGCUACCCCAACGAUUCGACCCCAGUAGAGGAAAAGAAGACCAUCACUCCGUUGAAACCCUCGGAGGAUGAUAAAGUUGAGGGUGAGGUCAAAAGUCCGGAGGGGGCUAGCAAGCAGUACACGAUUCUCCAGCCUGCAGGGGUUGGUUCUAGGGCAGCUAGUACUUUGCAGGAGGUUGCUAGGGAGGGGGUGCAGAGCGUGGCGGCCGUGGGUGGUGGAGGUGGUUCUUCAGGGGAGGCUAGGGAGAAGGAGGCUCCGGCUAUUGAGAAGACGACGGUGGUGGUGCCACCUGGGGCUCUGUCGCCGAAUAGUAUCGGAAAGGUCCUCGCUAUGCACGAGACCAUCCUCAAAUGUCCCACCUCCGGAUGCAACGGAAGGGGCCACGUUAGCUCGAAUCGUAACACCCACCGAAGCCUCUCAGGCUGCCCCAUAGCGGCGGCCAAUAAGCAGGCUGCUCGAGAACACAAGUACCAAUCACAUUUGCACCGAAUCAAAACACCAAUUGCGUCUCCUUUCGCAGAGGAGAAGCCGGCAUACGACCAAUACUACCCCACGAAAACGAACCCGGUGAAGCCAGAUCCUAUGAAAGUACCGAAAACCGAAAUAACUUCCACCAACUGUUGCCAAGGAGACCUCUUGGUGCCAAAAACUGAGAUCACAAGUUCCUGCAGAUCACCACCAUCCAGCAUGAGGUCAGCCUAUGAACCGUACAUCAACCAAGACUCAAACUCCUCAUCGAUGUCCAGCAUGGAUACCAUGAACUCCAGGAGCCACCAAAUCCAUCAUAUGGGACCCCAUUCGCAACAACAAGGGUAUAGUAUGGAACAUCAGAUACCGCACAGGUCACCUUACCAUCAGUCACCCAUUGCCGAAGAGAUGUACCACAGAGAGAGGUCCUACACGGAGAUGAGCGAGUCUAUGGGAGGGGGUAUUGCUAGGCCGGUGGUCACCUACUCCAACGAGAUAGUCAACAGGUCGUACGACUCUGCUCUGAUCAACUCGGCUAGUCACAGGCCCUAUGAUCCUGGUACUAACAGCUUUGACAGGUACGAUUCGAGUCAGUGCGUUUCGUUGCAACAGCCCUUGGGACCUCCGAGGGUACCGCCGCAAGGCAUUUACGGGUACAUGGACGACCACCAAGAGCAGAGGUACCAACAGGAGGCGGCGGCGGCGCAACAGCACCAGAUAGCGGUGGCGAACGCGCAAGCGAUGAUGAAGUCCGAGGAACAGGAACCCACAGGGCCCUUAUACCCGAGGUAUGAGUUGGUUAUAGCAUUCGGUGGGGGUGGCCCCCUGCCGGUCGGCUUCUCCGCCAUCAACUUGUCGGUGAAGUGUCUGACUGCGGCCGCCCAUGCCGCCCAGAUGAAGGGCGGGCCGCACACCUCCCCCGGGGGCACCGUGGCUUACUCCAGCCCGCACUACGUCGGUGGCGGGGGCGGGCAGCGGGUCGGCGGCAGCCCGCAAGCGGCCGCUUCCCCCCACCUGUCGGCCAGUCCCCAAGUGCCCAGCCCCCAAGGACAGACGCUGGACCUCAGCGUUAGCAGGCUCUCCCACAGUGGCGUGCGGCCCCCUUUUUCCACGACGUCUGGAGGCGGCGGUGGGCCGGUACUGGCGCCCUCUUCCGGAUACAGUCGCGAAUCUACCCCCGACAGCGGCUACGGUCCGAUGAGCCCCCACCCCGGCUACGGCAUGCCGGGGGCGAGCGACUACCCGUCUGCCAACCCGUACGCCGCCCCCUACGCGGGGGCCGGCGCCGGGCCGUACGCGUGCGCCCCCGCCGGCUACCCGCCGGCCGCCGCCUACCCGGUGGGAGGGCCGCCGCCGGGCGGGUACUCGCCUGGCGCCUGCUACGCCAUGCCGCCUCCGCCGCAGCACGGUCUGCACGAUAAAAGCGGGAAAGACGGUUUGUCUGGUUGUCCGCGAUCGGACCGAUCUCAGAUACAGGCGCAUUCGCAGGAGCUGAAAUGUCCGACGCCCGGGUGCGACGGUUCUGGUCACGUGACGGGGAACUAUUCCUCCCACAGGAGUUUGUCGGGCUGUCCGAGGGCCAACAAGCCUAAGAGCAAACCGAGAGACGGCCAAGACUCUGAACCACUGAGCGCCUCCGGCUGUCCCAUCGCCAACCGCAACAAGAUGCGCGUGCUGGAAAGCGGCGGCAGCGUGGAGCAGCACAAAGCGGCGGUGGCCGCCGCCGCUGCCGCCACCGCCAUGAAGUUCGAGGGCGUGAAUUGCCCGACGCCCGGCUGUGACGGCACGGGCCAUAUAAACGGGUCCUUUUUGACGCACCGGUCGUUGAGCGGGUGUCCCAUCGCGGGGCAGACGCAGGCGCAUAUCAAGAAGGCCAAGUAUCCCGACGAGAUGCCGUUCUAUGCCAAGGGAUAUACAGGUGUAGAGGCGGGCGGGCCGAACGGCGGCGGUGGCGGGGGCAACGGCGAAGAUCUGAUCACCUUGGAGGCGGAGAUAUCCGAGCUACAGCGGGAGAACGCGAGAGUGGAAUCGCAAAUGAUCAAGCUGAAGUCGGACAUCAACGCCAUGGAGAGCCAUCUGGGGCACGGCGAAAAGUACUACGAGAGUCUGCGCAACAACGUCAUCACUCUACUCGAGCACGUGCGCAUCCCGGGGGGCAACGGGGGGCCAACUGGGGGGAUGGCGGGAGGCCACCCCGAAAAGAUCGGCCAGGAGAACUUCGACUCGUACUUCAGCAAGUUGCAGACGUUGUGUGCCCCCGCGGCAGAUGGGUAUUGCGCAGACGAUAACAGGCCGAUCUACGAGACGGUCAAGUGCGCGUUGCAGGACUUUACGGUGUUGCCGACGCCUAUUUAA